UUGGGUUUACCUCUGAUUUUAUAUAAACGAGAUUUUAUUAAGUUUGUUUUCCAGAAUGGACGAUCUGCUGCACUGCCCGACUCACAAUACGUCAAUCGCAAUCAACAGCUGCGAAUAGCGGAAGUUAAAGAACAUCACCAAGGCCACUACAUCUGCGUCGCUGAAAAUAAAGCGGGAUGUGAUGAAAAACACAUCACAGUUGACUUCAAUGUUGGAUAUUUAGUGCCACCAAAUAUGACCAGAAGAUAUGAUAGAAAUUUUGCUGUCCUCGAAUGUCCAAUUGAAGCUCACGAGCCGCCGACAUUAAUGAUCAUUAACUGGACGAAAAACGGCGUCGCUAUAAAGCCAACUUCAAAGAUUCAGAUUUCUGACGACAGUCGCAAACUUUCCAUUAUCGAGGCUAAGUUAGCUGACUCAGGCCGAUACACGUGCCUAGCAGUGAAUAGUGCAGGCCAAGAUGUGUUUGAAGUUGACGUCUUCGUCAUCGGUCAGAAGUUAACCAUUUGGAAGAAAAACGAUAAAGAGCUGACGGAAAGUGCAAAUCGCCGCAUCUCAAUGAACGAUGGCGGUGUGUAUUCUUGCUUGGCUGAAAAUAAACUUGGUCGACUGGAAUGGACUACCGUCGUGCGAGUGGUCUCUGCUCCAAAAAUCGUUCGAAAGUUCUCAAGGAUUAAAGUUGCCGUCAAUAGCAGUGUAACAAUACUGUGUGGGGCUACAGGCCACCCAACGCCAGUUUUAAAGUGGUUAAAAAACGGUCAGAAGUUAAAUAUGGCUUCCUUUCACACGAACAAUGGGGGUCAGUCAAUUUUCAAAGCUAAAGUCACCGUCGAAGAUAGCGGAUACUAUACCUGUAUGGCUACAAACCGUCUGGGGUCGGAUCACCAUUCGACCGCUCUGAUUAUACUUGGUAAGUUAUAA